UUUUAAACUAAUUAUCAACUAAUUUCUUAAAAAGAGGGGAAUAAAAAGAAGGAAAUUAUGGGUGACUUGGUCGAAUUGUGUACAUUUCAACUGACCCAGAAAACAAUACCUCUCAAGGAAUUGAGAAAAUGGAAGCUUUUCAACCCCAUCGGCGACGGUUUUUUGCAAAAUAUUCGUCUCGCCCAUGUCCACGACGAAGUUGGAUUUCUCGUAACAGCGAACGAUGAUGUAUACGCUAUCAACAUUUGCACAUCACCAGGCAUCAGAACGCGGGCGUCCAUACCUAUCAAAAUAGACCCUCUUUGUCGACAAACCGUGAAAAGUGAGAAUAAUAUUGUCGUAAGAUUUGUGCUUUCGUGGAAAAUGUAUGUGCAUGGCACUUUGGAUAGAGUUCGCCAUUUGGAGCAGUAAAGGUCCCUAUUUCGUGCUUACUGCGGAUGGGCGAGUUCUCUCGUGGGGCGAUAAUUAUUGUGGUCACUUAGGGAUUGGAACGAAUGACAGAUUAAUACCUACUCCAUCAUUAGUUAAGUUUGAAGAAGGUGUAAGAAUUGCUAAAAUUGCGGUCGGAUAUGGGCACAAUCUCGCUUUAACUAUGGACACGUCUGAGGUUUAUUCAUGGGGAGCGAAUGAACGUGGCCAGCUAGGCCUGGGAAAUACCACGGAUCAAAACCGACCUUGUAAAGUUGCUAUAAAUCUCCAGCACGUUAGAAUCCAACAGAUUUCUUGCACCUGGGGCAGCUCGUUCGCCGUGAGCGAGUCGGGAGAGGUGUACUCAUGGGGAUAUAAUAAUUAUGGGGAAUUAGGCAUAGGAAGCACCACAGCUGUAAAUGCACCAACAAAACUAAUCAUUGAUCAACCUGUAAAGAAGAUUGCAUGUGGGUCAUACCAUACCAUUUUACUGACCACAACCGGGGUGAUCUACUCUACCGGUUAUAAUGUACUAGGACAACUGGGUACUGGAAUAAAUAAAAAUCUAACAUCGCCAACCAAGAUUCCAGCAACUUUGGAGAUUUUUGAUGACAUUUGUUGCUACCCUUGGAGUCAUCAAAGUUCUGCAAAAUCUAUGGACAGAAGUUAUGUUUGGGGGGAAAUCCAUAAAGAAAUCGUUGGUUGGAACCCUAUCGAAUUGGCGUCAGAUUUAUCAAAUUUUCCACGACUUCCCCCCAUGUUUAAGGGGACAGCACAAAUUAUGUUUAAAUCGCUAUGCGCAAUAAACUGUGCGGCAAAUCCCCCCACCAUCCGAGAAACGCUACAAACGGCGAUAGUAAGUUUUAGGCUAGGGUAUACACAUAUUUGUAUAGGCCACAAGGUUUACUUCGCGUAUCUCAGCCCCAUAUGCUUCGCAAUACAUGUUAACGCCAUAUCUGCUCCUGAUUUUUCGCUGAAAGAAUAUCUUUUUGGCCCUUUACCAUUUCCUCAAGAAUCGAUUUGCUACAAAAGUUAAAAAAAAAUACUAUGUUACAUGCAGCAUAUGGAAAUGGAAAUGUGUAACGAGUUGGAAACCCUACACCCAUGUCUCUACAAAAAUUUAGUGCAGAAGAUCUAGAUGAUUUGUUAUCAAAAAAGUUUUAUUUCAACUGUUAUUACAUGGGAGCUAUGGUUGGUCAUCCGAAACUAUCCGAUCCGAUCGGAUUAUCCGAGAUUAUCCGACCACUUACUACAGUCAAGAGCAAAACUUUACGACAUAUGGAAGCAUACCUGGAAUUUCUUACCCAACCACCCAGCAAUGCUGGGAGAACACUUGGGACACUUGGGAGAACACUGGAAAAAAUGCUUUGCAUUUGGCCGGUAAUGACGCAGCAAAAAUUGAAUUGCCAAACCAACUAACAAGGGACACUCACUACCUGUCGUUUGACUCAAACGGUUCGAGACCAGAGUACCCAGUAUAUUUUUUAGAAUCUACUAGGAUCCCAGAUGAAGGAUUCAUUCAUAUUUCCGUGUAAAACUCAUAUUUGGCGUCGUGCCGUGGCGCCAAAGUCG